CGGGUAUCCAGGAAGACAACUCACGAGUCGUCAGAGGAGAAAAGAGAAGGCGAGAGUGAAGGAGAAUAAAAGGGCAGUUCUAGUAGACAGGUCGACACCUGCCUUUCUCCGUCCGCAUUCUCGUCGGUAUCCUUGUCUUUUUUCAAAGACAUGGGUGAAUAAACAACCUAAUUAUUUCUUUAAACAAUAUAUUAAACAGAAUGUACUCGUUUUACGCGGUUAUAUCAGGCUUGAAAGAGCGCACAUUUGGCGAGUGGAGUGGCGUUUAUUUAACCGUAAAAGAAUGAUCCCAACUAUUUUGACGCGGAAAGGUAAGAGGUUUGUUUGUAGGCUACAUUGACAAGUAGUACAGGUGGUUUUGAGAGGGGUCGUGCAGAUAUUGUGCAGGAUGUCUGACCGAUGUCCGGUUUAGUAGCCUGUAUAGACGGCCACUAUUUUCUAACAAGUCGAGGACACUCCAACUACAAGUGGCCAUGAAGGACACUGGCGAAUCAAAGGACCACCAACUAACAGUGGCCCUGAGGAUCAGACCCCUCAGCGAUUCUGAGCGGGAAGAGGCAGCCACCAUAGUGGCCCACAGAGUGGACAACCAGAUGGUGGUACUGAUGGACCCCAUGGAGGAUCCAGAUGAUAUCCUGCGUGCCAACCGUUCCCGGGAAAAGACCUAUAUGUUCGACGUUGCGUUUGACUACUCAGCCAACCAGGAGGAGGUGUACAGAGCCACGACCAAGGGCCUAAUCGAAGGUCUCAUAUCUGGCUACAACGCCACCGUUUUCGCCUACGGACCCACAGGUUGUGGGAAGACGUACACUAUGUUGGGUACGGACAGGGAACCGGGGAUCUACGUACGGACUCUAAAUGACCUGUUCAAAGCCAUCGAGGAGACCAGCGAUGACAUGCAGUACAACAUCUCCAUGUCAUACCUGGAGAUCUACAACGAGAUGAUCCGGGACCUUCUCAACCCGUCCUCUGGAUUCCUGGACCUGAGAGAGGACUCUAAAGGAGAGAUCCAGGUGGCUGGCAUCACAGAGGUCUCCACUAUCAACGCCCGAGAGAUCAUGGAGCUGCUGAUGAAGGGUAAUAAGCAGCGUACCCAGGAGCCCACGGCAGCCAAUCAGACAUCGUCCCGGUCCCACGCCGUGUUGCAGGUGGCUGUCCGGCAGACGAGCCGCUGUCGAGACCUUCUACAGGAGGUCCGCUUCGCACGCCUCUUCAUGAUCGACCUUGCUGGCUCCGAACGAGCCUCACAGACACAAAACAGAGGUCAGAGGUUAAAAGAAGGGGCCCACAUCAACCGCUCCCUCCUGGCUCUGGGUAACUGCAUCAACGCCCUAAGUGAGAAACACGGCAACAAAUACAUUAACUACAGGGACAGCAAGCUGACGCGCCUGCUCAAGGAUUCGUUGGGCGGCAACAGUCGCACGGUGAUGAUAGCCCACAUUAGCCCCGCCUCCCUGGCCUUCGAGGAGUCUCGCAACACACUUAGCUAUGCCGACCGUGCCAAAAGUAUCCGCACACGGGUAAAGAGGAACCUGCUGAAUGUGUCCUACCACAUUGCUCAGUACACCAACAUCAUCUCUGACCUGCGCAGCGAGAUCCAGCGGCUCAAAAAGAAGAUCGCUGAUCAGGCUGGACGUCAGCUCAACCUUGACCGAGCUGACAUCCGCCAUGUCCAGGCGGAGGUGCAGGCCCACAGCACGCAGGCGAGCCGGGCAGAGAUGGACCAGCUGAGGGAACAGCUCCUAGAGGCCUUCAGGAGCCAGAUGGAGAUCAGGAGGAGCCUGAUGGAGCUGGACAACAGCAACAUGGAGAUCCAGAUGGACACCUCCAAACACCUGCUCACCAUCGCAGAUUGGGAGCAGGAGCGGAGUCGUCGUCGCAGGAAGUGGCGCGCGGAGAGGAGGAAGGAGAGCUUCAGUAAGGAGGAGAGUGAGAAGGACUCUGACUGCCCUGAGUCUCCCCCAGACAGCACUGAGACCCAGGAAGUAGCCAUGGCCAGAGAGAAUCUGGUCACUCUCAUGGCUGAACAAAAGAAGAUACGCAAACAGAAGGCAUCGCUAGAGAGCCACUUUGUGGAGCUGCGCGAGCGGGCCAGGCGCCUGGAAGAGCUGCUCCCUCGCAGGGUGAGCUGCGAGGAGCAGAGGGAGGUGCUGGGCCUCCUCUGUAAGGUCCACGAGCUGGAGAUCGAGAACGCUAAGAUGCAGUCCCACGCCCUGCUCAAAGACAACGUGAUCCGACAGAAGAACUUUGUGGUGCAGCGUUUCGAGCAGCACCGCCACCUCUGUGACGAGAUCAUCCAGCAGCAGAGACAGUUCAUUAACGACCACAGCCUUCUGGUGCCCCCCCACCUUCAGGAGCUGUAUGGGAUGUACAUGAGAGAGCUGGACGAGAGGAACCUGGACAGAGCCAUGGCCCUGGACAAGGUCACUGGAUGCACACUCAAGGAGGCCUCCCUGCCCAAGAUCAGCCUACCCAGCCGAGGUCGUGGCCUGCUGCAGGACGUGGACUCAGACCAGGAGAGCGUUCGCACCAUGGGCUCAGAGACCAGGCAUGGCAGGGCCAAGGCCCGCAGACACACCCUGCCACCUAUCCUACCUGAAGCUGAAGGAGACAACAACCGGGUGUUUAAGAGCAUUCCCCAUGCCAGACAGAUUAAACAUUCUGCUGUGAUGACCCCUCCUCCCAUCCACAUCAACGGCCAGGGGAACAGAGAGCUGCAGCCAUUGGCUCCAGAGACCACUCUGAGCUACUGCCACCUCAGCCACAGUGUCAGCAGUCACCUGGACUCCUCCCCUGAGAGCAGCGAGACAGGCCAGGAUGUCCCCCUCACACGCAAGGAGAGGCAGCAGAUCCUCAAAGGGAUCCACAACAUCGCAGUGAAGGCUGCUUGCCGCCGCUCCAAAGCCCUGGAAGUGGACGCCCUGAGGCUGCCCCCUCCUCCCUCCCCCCUGGACCCCAAGAAGCACAAGAGCAGCCUGUCUCUGAGUGAGGCGCCCCCUAGGGGCCUGGCCCUGCUUCGCGGCCGGCAGCCCAGCCCCGAGCUCCGCCACGCCACCUCAGAUGAGAACCUAUCCAGCAGCACAGGGGAGGGGCCUGGUUCCCAGGGCACCUGGACACGCACACGCAACCGCCAGCCCGCCCCCAAGAACCCAAACCCCACCCUGCGUGAGCAGGACUUCGAGGCUCGCCGCCGGAAGAGACGCUCCCGCUCAUUCGAGGUCACAGGUCAAGCACUGUCUCAGUCUAAGACCAUGGCAGCCCAACGUGUCCGCCCACUGGACAGCACUUCAGACCCCCACCUCCACAUCAACGGCCAGCCCCAGGCCCCCCUGCAACGCCCACAGCACAGGGGGGUCCCUCCUCUCACCAAGGUCCGGCUUCCCCACAACAACCACCAAACAGGCCCCAUCACAGAGUCCUCCCCAGUCCAUCUGAGCAACCUGAAGCGUGCGUCCCAGCUGCGCCAGCCCCAGCCCCUACUCUACGUCACCACCACGGGCACCGGAGGCCAGCGCACCCGCAGGCACUGAGGGCCUACUAGCCUGCCACUCUAGGGUCAUGUUCAUUAGGGCAUGGAAUGGAAAACAUUUAGCAGUGUUUGUUGCCUAAUGGACACGACCCAGGGUUUUCUUACACAGGACCCCCCAACACCAGCACUCCUUGUGCUGAUUACAUAGAGAGACACUAAUGGAUGGAUUAGAGAGACACUAACUGAUGGAUGAUGCCCCUAGAUAAGAGGAUUGAAUACCUCACCAUCACAGUCUCCAAAGAUGACUCUUCUGUCUGUGAGUGAGUCCAAAAUGGCACCCAAGUGGCCCUGGUCAAAAGUAGUGCACUAUAUUGGGGAAUAGGUUGCCAUUUCAGACACACUGUGACUGUUUUUCCUUGCUCCUCGUUUCCCUCGUUUCCACUGCUCAAGUGUUUCUGUGACCGUCCAGUGGCCCACCACUGACCGCUACUAUGGCUCUGUACACACUCGGGUUGUACAAAUGAUUUGGCACAAGAAUUUUACUCCGUAAAAAUAAUUACACAAGCGUUGUGGACUCACCGCACAAUAGUUGUGUACACAUUUUUUGUGCAGACAAACUAUGUUGUAUCACAAAAAUAUCAGUUGUAUCACAACCAAUGUGUCCUAUGCGUCAGUUGUAGAACCUGAGUGGUAAUGGCCUAUGCUGUAAAGCAGACAGUACUAAUUGUUGCGCAACAAUAGACUAGUAGACUACAUCAUACUGCUUUGAUGACACUAAAUGCUUAUUAUCAUGAUAAUGUGCUGAUGAAGCCUCAAUGUUACAUCAAGCUAAUGAAUGAAUUGAUUUUUAAGAAAUGUUAACUAAUGUAAUUUAUAGACAGUCAGGCAGCUGUUUUUGGGUCAAUCCAACCUUGUUGCUUUGAAGUUAAAUUACAAAUAACAUUAUUUAGAGGAUGGAGAAAACAGCUAGCCUGGUCCCAGAUCUGUGCUCUUGCCAUCUUAAUCACUAUCAUUGUGGUGCCAAAUGUUUGGCAUCACAAUGAGUGACAGAGAGUUGGCAUGAUAACACAAACAGACUGGCACUCAGGAUAGAAAACUGGACCCAGUACAUCAACAUUCUCUGAGUGUAGAUUUGACAUAUGAACAACAAUAAUAUUAUUAUUAUCAUUCACUACUACAUAGAGCUGUAAUCCAGGUAUAAUCUCAAUCUCAGUUAUCAAAAGCACAUAAUGAGAUCAGAGAAACGUGACCUUCUGGAUGAUUACUGUGCACUUUUGUAUUCAGCUUGAUGUACAGUCUAUACAUUCACAUUGUGUGCUUCCCAAAUGGCACCUUAUUCCAUAUAUGGUCUUUGGUCAAAAAUAGUGCACUAAAUAGGGAAUAGGGUGCUAUUUUGGACAGUCAUUGAAACAGCCCACGGUCUAUGCCUUUUUCUUAUCACCUACCCAGACAUGAUUUGAUCCUGUGUUAGAUGUGCUUAAUAUCUCCCCCCCCCCCAAUGUGGCACUUCAAAACGCAUUCCCAACUGUGGAUGGUUGUUGUUUUUUAUUCCCAUUUUGCGGCUGCCUUUUCUUGUUAUUAUCCAAAUUACAGUCUUUGUCAUUGUUUUCAUAUUUAAUUUUUUUUCUAUUUGUUUUGUAAAAAAAAAAAAAAAAAUUUUUUAUAACUAAAUAAAUUC